AUGGGUAAUUCGGGGCUUAAACAGCAUUAUGAUACGGCGUCUAAAACAGGUGUGUUGCAGUUGGCUGAAUAUAAGCUAAAGGAGAUACCCAUUGAAGCCUUACAAUUAAGUGAUACUUUGAGAAGUUUGGAUCUAUCGAAGAACAGAUUGACCAGUUUACCAAAUGAUAUCUGUAAAUUUAAACUUUUAAAACAACUCAAGUUGGAUGCAAAUAAAAUAGAAUCAUUACCAAAUUCUAUGAGUGAUAUGCGUAAACUAGAGAUGUUAAAUGUCUCUAACAAUUUGAUCACGUGCCUACCGGAGACUUUUGCUAAGUUGAACAAUUUGAAACAAGUUUAUUUAAAUCACAAUAGGUUAAAAUUAUUUCCUGAACAAUUAUUAGGACUCCAUAACUUGGAAGUAUUGGAGAUAUCAGACAAUAAGAUAACUGAAGUACCUACUGGAAUGUCUGAGCUCUAUGUAACCGAAUUAAAUUUAAGUCAAAAUGAAAUAUCAGUACUUAGUGAGGAUUUAUAUCGAGCUCCAAGACUAAAAAUAUUGAGAUUAGAAGAAAACUGUCUGAGCUUGGAUGCAAUCAGUCCCAGUUUACUUCGUGACUCCAAAAUUCACACAAUAAAUUUAGAUGGCAACCUGUUUGAACCCAAGCAAUUGGCAUCAGUUGAAGGGUAUAAUGAAUAUACGGAAAGAUACACAGCAAUGAAAAAGAAAAUGUUUUGA